CCAGCUUCCCGUUUCACCAGAGAGGAGGUGGAGAGAAACAAACAAGCGCAGAACCAACAAGCUGGUUUACGUAUUGUGUAACGUUGUGUGUUCUGGUGCAGCUGUGAAACCCACAGUGGAACGCUGGAUUUCCCCAUGACAACCAUGACAUGCUGUUUGUUUUACCUCUGACCCUGAAGAACCUAAAGUGAGCAGAGCAGUAUUGAAGCCUCUGCUGGCCUUUGACCUUUCACACAGUGUGACCGUGUGUGGUAGGAAUGAAACAAUCUCUCUAUCUUCUUCUGUGUGUGUGUGUGUGUGUGUGUGUGCGUGUGUGCUAUGAUAGCAGUGAGUGGGCUUUUCUUAUGACAGUUGUGUUUAGGCUGAUUCUGAAGCUCAAUCAAUACGACUAUUACAGUUAUUAAGAUUAUAAUAAUUAGAAAUAGAUUCAUAAAUUAUAGGAAAUUUGGCUGAAAAUAAAUUCUACAAAUUUUGUUUUUUUUAGGAGAUCUGAAUUGCUGUGUCUGUAUCAACAGACCAAAUACCAACAAAUAUAUGUCUGUAAUAUUUGUUAUUUUUAAUGUUACUGUAACUUUUGUUGGCUUUAGAGGAAUAGUUUGACAGUUUGGGAAGUACACCUCACAUAUUCACUUGAGAUGAGGCUUCUAUUUGUCCUCAGCUCAUUUCAGUCUGAUGGGACGUUUGCUCUUGUAUCGCUCGUGUCCACAGUGUAUUUACAGUAUUUACUGGUUAAUCAAAUCAGAUUUUCUUCACACACAAGUUUACUGUCUGUUGCAGCUCUGUGCCAUGAGGUCCUCUUCCCUCCUCCUCCUCCUCACCUUCCUCGUGGGUGUGUGUGAUGUUCAAGGAGCCUCAGAUUUUAGAAUCUGUGCCUUCAACCUCCAUCACUUUGGGGACUCCAAGUCCAAGAAGAGCAAUGUCAUGCACACUCUCGCCAGGAUCAUCGCUCGCUGUGAUGUGUGUUUGCUUCAGGAAGUGAGAGACACUCAACAGAAAGCUUUACCACUGCUGCUCAGCCGCCUUAACAGGUAUGACACUGAACACGACUACAAAGCAGUGUCCAGUGAGAGACUGGGCAGGUCCGCCUCCUACCAGGAGCAGUAUGUGUUUGUUUACAGGACUGACACAGUGAGUCUCACCGGUCAGUAUCAGUACCCAGAUGAACGACCCGGAGAUGUAGACGCUUUCUCCAGAGAGCCUUUUGUUGUCCGCUUCAAAGCCCCCAAGACAGAUAUAAGGGAGUUUGUCCUCAUACCCCAGCACACCACUCCAACCAACACCACUAAAGAGCUGGACGCACUCUAUGACGUAUUGGAACAUGUGAAGACGAUGUGGAAAACUGAGAAUGUGAUGCUUCUCGGGGACUUCAACGCUGACUGCGGCUACCUCGCUAAGAAGAACAGGAAGAAUGUGCGCCUGCUUACAAAGAAAAACCUCUAUUGGCUCAUUCCAGAAAAGGCCGACACCACUGUGCGAUCGACCACCUCCUGCACCUACGACAGGAUCGUUGUGCACGGGGAAAGGUUUGCCAGAGCAAUUGUGCCCCUUUCAGCCAGCCCAUUUAACUUCCAGGUGGAAUACCGACUCACAGAGGAACAGGCGCUGGAGGUUAGUGACCAUUACCCUGUGGAGGUCCUGUUGAAGGACAUCGCAUUCAAAGUCUCCUUUAAUGCUUUCACGUCCUUUUCUUUGUUCAUCUUCAGCCACCUUGUCUUCCAAACGUUGACCUGGUAGUUUGAUAAUAAACCUAUGUGGAUUUUGUCAUCUCAGUCUGAGGAAAUCCUCAGAAAGGCUUCCUUCAUGAACUGAUCAGAAUGUAAUGCUUCCCCAACAUGUGGAUUCCAACUUGCCAAAUAUCAAUGAUAACACUCCACGGGUUUGUCUCUCCAUGUUGGGAUCAGGGCCAGGAAAAACUACAGAAAAUUACACAACUGUUGACAUUUACCUUUAUGUACCAUUUUGCACAAUAAUAUCCACAUGUGUAUCUGUAUAAGAGUAUGAUUUAAGUUUAAAGGUUCUCGAUACGACCUUCAGAGCAUUAAUAAAGCAGCAAACAACUGUUAUCUACAGUUGUGUGAAAAAG